AUGCAGUUGACUCAUAAGACUGAUCAGUACAUUGCAUUCAAGGUCAAAACAACCAGCCCCAAGAGGUACUGUGUUCAACCCAAUGCUGGUGUUGUCUUGCCCAAAUCUGUAUGCAAUGUCACCGUUACAAUGCAAGCACACAAAGAGGUGCCCGCUGAUAUGCAGUGCAAGGACAAGUUUCUAAUCCAGGGUGUUGUUGCUCUCAGGGGCACAACAAACAAGGAUUUAACCGCGGAAAUGUUUCACAGGACGGAGGACAAGAUUGUCAAUGAGGCCGAAGGAGAUGAAGAAGGUUCUCCAAGAACAUCUUCAGUUGAGGAUGAUAAUAGAACAUCUUCAUUACCUGAGGCUGGUAACGAGGAUGGUUCUACCUUAGAUUUGCAAGAUUUCCUUCUCCGGGGUCGGGUGUUGAAGCUGUACAGACAAGCUCUCAGGAUUGCGAGGAGAGCUCUAAAUGGUUCUAGUGGUGAGGCAUCUAUCUGA